GUCCUAGUAGUAGUUUCGUGCUCAUCGCUUACACGCGUGUUAUGUGCUAACUGUGGCAUUCAGUGAACUUUACAUUCUAUUGGGAUAUUUCAGCAGUGCGACCAACAAAAUGAACUCGAGUUUAUCUCAAUCCUGGCCAGUGGCUGCAACAACUGCCGAGAAGACGUCAAACAUCGAUGACGCAAAAGACUGGGAGGAACCCAUACCGUACAUCGAUGACGAUAAAGACUGCAAGGAACCCAUGCCAAACGAAGACGGAGAAUUGAGCCAGUUAAUUGGCAAUGACAUAACUGCUGGAAAUGAGGAUACCCAGGGGAACUGCCCCACCGAACCGAUCUCAGACCCUGCGUCUUGUAGUGUACUUUUGGGAGAUUAUAAUCAGGUUCCGAUGGUGAAGACUUCAGAAAUUGAAGAACCACAAUGUAACUGGGAAUAUCAUAUUUGCAUGUGGAUAAUAUGUCUGGUGUGCUUAUUCAUUUGGCUCAUGAGUAAGAUUUUCAUCGAACCAUCAAAUCAACAGCACAAAAGUCAAUACGCUUAAGUAUUUAUUUAACGUAAAAAUGUCACUAUCAAAUACAGUUUAGUUUGAUAGUAAACUUAUAUUUUUGUAUAUUAUAACUUUUAAAUUCUUUACAUUUUUGAGAAUUUCUUAUUGCUGAAGUCUACAAUAUCAGAGCUCUUAAAAAAGACUUGUUUCUCAAAAAGGUUGUAUAAAACGCCACCUUAUAUGUGUUAGACUGCUUUGGUGUUUCUAUCUACCGUGGUCAAAUGCAUUCUUCUAGAGCACAAAGUUUUAUAUUCUAUCAAAAAAUUAAUAACUUUCACUGGUAUGACUUAUGUUAAAUAAAACCUAAGAUGCAAUUAAUUUCACAUACUUUACAACUGAAAGAACCUAUAUUUAUUCUUUAUAGAAACAAUAAUACACCAACAUUUAUCUUUUAUACAAGUUCUUUUAAAUGUAUUACGUGUAAAAACAUUAGGGAUUCCUGGUAUUUCCUUUUAAAGAACAGCAGGUUUUUUUUUAAUGAAAAGGGCUCGUUAAAUAUUCACCUCAGUGAAAACGUUGCUCUUUAAAUCAGACCUACAACACAGAAUUUAAUAAACAGUAAAUCUUCAUUUCUUCGGAAAGAACGGGUCCGUCAAAAUUCCUGACUUUGAGAAGUUUGAUAUUUUGAAAGACUAAGAUUUGACAUCAUCAGUUAAUGUGUAGAGUGGUAAUUCUAAGCAAUAUAUGGGUCAACCUCGAUUUUUCUCAUAUUACAAUAUAAUGUUCCAAUAGUCAAUUAGAAAAGGAAAUGACUAGAAUUUCUUGCCGGAAAGCAGUUAUAGGGAGC